UCCACUCUUUCCCCUCCCAUUAUAAAUUAACUCCGCCUUUCAGUUUCCAUUCUGUUUCCAUAUUUCAUUCUCUAGAGAGUUCCAAAGAUAUCAUAAUGGGCGAGAAGAAGAGCAAGAAGAAUGAAGGAGGAGAGAAGAAGAAGAGCGGAGAACUUCAGAAGAAUGAAGGAGGAGGAGGAGGGAAGAACGAUGGGAACUUAACUGUGGUUCUGAAAUCAGAUUUUCAUUGUGAUGGCUGUGUCUCCAAAGUUGUCAAAGCAAUUCGAAGUUUCGAAGGUGUGGAGAAGGUUCAGUGCGAUGCUGAUUCGAACAAGUUAACGGUAAUCGGAAAAGUUGAUCCGGUGAUGCUGAGAGAAAAAGUGGAGCAGAAAACACACAAGCAUGUUGAACUGGUUUCGCCGGUACCAAAGAAAGACGGCAAGGGAAAAGAUGGCGGCGGCGGCGGCGCAGCCGAAGAAAAGAAGAAGCAGAACAAGGAAAACAAGGAUCCAAAGGAAAACAAAGGAGGAGGAGAAGACAACAAGAAAAGCAAAGAGAAAGAGCCUCCGAUUACCACGGCUGUGCUGAAGGUGCAUCUCCAUUGUCAAGGAUGUAUUCAGAAGAUCUACAAAAUUGUCACUAAAUUCAAAGGGUACAAGGAGAUGAAAAUAGACAAACAGAAGGAUUUGGUGACUGUGACAGGAUCAAUGGACGUGAAGGAUUUGGCCGAGACGCUGAAGAAGCACCUGAAAAAGGAAGUUGAAAUUGUUCCGGCGAAGAAGGAAGGCGGAGAGAAGAAAGAGAAAGGCGGUGACAAUGGUGGUGGUGGUGGUGAAAAAGGAAAAGGCGCAGGCAAAGGAAAGAGAGGCGGUGGCGAAGGGAAGGGGAAGGGUGAGGAAGGAGGCGGCAUUGGUGGCGGAGAGAUGAUAAUAGGUAAUGUAGGUAAUGGGAUGCAAAUAAUGCAGCAAAUGCAGCAACCGGUCCAAUUUGCGUAUCCAUACCCGUAUAUGUACGGGCCGGUUUAUCCAGCUGACCAGUUUCAAAAUCCAUACCCUGUAUCAGUUCAUGCCCCACAACUCUUUAGUGAUGAGAAUCCAAAUGCUUGUAGUGUUAUGUGAUGAAAAUGGAAAGUAAUCAAAACUCUUUUUGGCUAGAAGGUAUGAUAGUAUUAGAGAAAUCAAAGCUGAAACCUGUAGAUAAAGUGAGAGGGCUGGUGAUAAUUAUAUGUAUGUAAUUAGGGUUCUAAAAUGGGCAAGUUUUAACUUAAAAGAUUGUGUUAUGGUAGUUUGCUGUUCGGAUGGUCGUCUUCCACUGAUAGUCAGCUUAGUUCUGAACAGUAGAAUUUCUUUUGUUUCGAGUUUUGUAUGUUAAUUUAGUGAAUGAUUAUGAGGGUAAGUUGAAGCCAUUUAUCUUGCAUUUGAA